ACCGCCGCCUCGCUCUGGGCUCCCGUUGGUCAGUUUCUACGGGUGUUAGGCAGUUGGUCCUCAGCUUGCGAAGUGGCCGAAGUGUACUUGCGAAGUGUUGUGUGAAGUGAUGAUGAGACGGUGAUGGAGGUGCCUAGCGGGAAGGGGAUGAAAUGAAGGGAGGAAGAAUUGUGUGAUAAAGGAAAAGAAAAUACUCGAACCAAAAGAAAAAGAAAAAGUGUUAAAAAUGAGUACUAAACCUUUGUGUGUGUGAACGAAGACGAAGAGAAAGUGGGGAAAAAAGUUACUUAAUAGUUUCUUUUGUGAAUUGUGAAGAAACUAUAAUUGUGAAAAAGAAGGAAAAUAGAAGGAAAGAAAAGAAAAAUCAACCAAAACAACUCGGUGGAUUGUGAAAAACUGAAAAAAAACUAGAAAAGAAAGGAAAAAGGAGAAACAGGAAAGGAGGAAAGGAAAAGGAGAAAAGGAUAGAACUGUUACUUGUAUACACGAAAAACUAUAAUUGUGGAAAAGAAGGAAAAUAGAAGGAAAGGAAAGAAAAAGGAGAAACUGUGAAGGAAGAAAGGAAAAGGAAGAAAGGACAGAACUGUUACUUGCAUACACGAAAAACUAUAAUUGUGGAAGAGAAGGAAGAUAGAAGAAAAGAAUAGAAAAACAUCAAACAAAAUAACUGUGGCUCGUGAAAACUGAAGAAAAAAAACUUGAGAAAAGAAAGGAAAGAAAAACGAGAGACAGGGAAGGAAGAAAGGGAAAGGAGAAAAGGAUCGAACUGUUAUUUGUAUAAACGAAAAACUAGAGAAAAGAAAAGUGAAGAAAAACGAGAAACUGGGAAGGAAGAAAGGGAAAGGAGAAAAGGAUAGAACUGUUACUUGUAUAAACGAAAAUCUAAGAAAAGGAAGCAAAAAAUAUCAAAUCACCUUAGCAGUAUUACCAACACCAAAAAACCUACCGCAAAGUACAACCAAGCCUCUCUAGCAACAAAAGACAAACAAAAGAAGUUGAAAUUAAACAAAAGAUAAAAAAAUAGCAUUAAAAUAUCUAGUAAAACAAAACAAACAAAAACAAAGCUAAGCCAUAAUUUCACAGCAACUAGAAGAGCAAAAAAAAUUGAACCAGAAAAAUAAAAGACAGAGGAACAUAGUUAAUUAAAACAAAAAUAAAAGAAAAAAAAACUUAUACUGGUCCAAAUUUCACAACAGUAGGAAUAAAACAAAGUGAAGAAGAAAGAAAAAAAGGACAAUAAAUCAAAAUAACUAGAGAAACAGAAACCAACAACAACAACAACAACAAACUAAUCCAUAUUUCAUAACAAUUAGAAAACGAAAUAGUAAAAAAAGAAAAAAUAAUAAAGUUACUCAUAUAGAAAAAAACAAAAGAAAACGUAGAAGAAAUAAAGAAAACGGAAACCACUAAAGAAAAUCAGGCAUCCAAAUUUCAAACUAGAAAACGAGAAAGUAAAGAAAAAAAGAAAACACAAAAACAACAGAAUCAACCAAACUCGCAUCCCAAAACAACCAGACCACCAAGAAAACACCCACCACAAAUUCACUAUACACAAGGAACCGAAAUAUAGUGAUGGACGGAGUGUAGCUGGCGCAGUGGUGUUGUGGUGAUGGUGACGGGUGUUGUGGUGGUGGCGGUGGUGGCGGUGGUGAUGGUGGUGGUGGUGGUGGUGGUGUCGGCGGUGGUUGAGGAGGAUGCUGUGUGUUGAGGCAAUGCGAACAGAACUUAUCAAACUGGACGGGGUUGAUUCUGAUUAUGUGUUCAUUAACAACAUUAAUGUUGAUGAAGGCGGGAAGGCUCUCGGGUCGGCGGGCAAGGGACUGCGGCGGCGGCGGAGGCUUGGCGCGCCCAGCCUCGACGUGACACCGGGGAGAAAAGGCUGGGGGAGCCACGGGGAUGAAGCCAAGCACAGUCAGGGCGCGAGUGACGUCAGCGGCGGGGGGGGUGGCGGGGGGGAGCCUCCUGACCCUGCUGAGCUGCGAGGGGGCGUGCUACCCCCCCUGCACACGCCCCCCCAGUACAACUACGACCCGGAGUGCGCCAGGAUGGAGGCUUGGCUCGACGACCACCAGGACUUCGUGUACGACUACUUCAUCAGGAAGGCGUCGCGGCACAUGGUGGACUCCUGGCUGCUGUCCCACGCCCUGCCGCAGAGUCUUGGGGGCGGCGCCGGGGCCUACUGCGGGGCGGGCAUGGAGGCGGGGGUCGUGCCGGGUCUGGUCACCACACCCGGGCAACACCAAAGCUCCAAGGCGUCGUCGGGUGCCGCCACGCCCGUCCGCAAGAUCUCCGCCCACGAGUUCGAGAAGGGCGGCCUGCUUAAACCCAUCGUGACCACUAUCGACGGCACGCCCACCUUCAUCUCGCCCGCUGGAGCCGCCGAGAACGUGGCGAUACUGGCCAAGGUCCGCCGCAAGUCCCGCACGGAGCUGAAAGGCCUUGACGAGCGGCAACUCAUCUUCGAGCUGGUCAAGGACAUCUGCAACGAGCUUGACGUCCGCCCGCUGUGCCACAAGAUCCUGCAGAACGUGUCCAUCCUUACCGGGGCCGACCGAUGCUCUCUCUUCCUCGUGCAGGGCGAUAAGGAGUCCGACAACCGCUGCCUCGUCUCUACACUCUUCGACGUCAACCCGGACUCGACGGUGGAGCAGAUGGAGGAGAAGGAGGAGAUCCGCAUCGCGUGGGGCAGCGGCAUUGUGGGCUACACGGCGCAGAGCGGGGCCAUGGUCAACAUACCCGACGCCUAUGCGGACGACCGCUUCAACUCCGAGAUCGACUGCAUGACGGGCUACAAGACGCGCUCCAUGCUGUGUAUGCCCAUCAAGGACAGCAACGGCGAGGUGAUCGGCGUGGCGCAGGUGAUCAACAAGCAGCAGGGUCAGUGCUUCACGCCGGCGGACGAGAAGGUGUUCGAAUCAUACCUCCAGUUCUGCGGCAUUGGUCUACGGAACGCCCAGCUCUAUGAACGCUCCCAACUCGAAGUCAAGAGGAACCAGGUUCUGCUGGAUCUGGCGCGGAUCAUCUUCGAGGAGCAGAGCACCAUCGAGCAGAUUGUGUACCGCAUCAUGACGCACACCCAGAGCCUCCUGCAGUGUGAGCGCGUGCAGAUUCUCCUGGUCCACGAGGCGUCCCGAGGCACAUUCUCGCGCGUCUUCGACCUUGAGGUGAAGGACUUGCAGGGUGACGACGCUGAGAGCCGCACCAGCCCGUUCGAGAGUCGCUUCCCCAUCAACAUUGGCAUCACGGGGCACGUGGCCACGACGGGAGAGACUGUGUGCAUCGCCGACGCUUACCAAGACUCUCGGUUUGACCCGUCGGUGGACGAGAACACGCCCUUCCGCCACAAGUCCAUCCUGUGCAUGCCCAUCAAGAACACGGACGGCAAGAUCGUGGGCGUGGUGCAGCUGGUGAACAAGUUUGACAACCUCCCCUUCACCAGCAACGAUGAGAACUUCCUGGAGGCGUUUGCGAUCUUCUGCGGCAUGGGCAUCCACAACACCAACAUGUACGAGAAGGCGAUUACGGCCAUGGCCAAGCAAAAGGUGACGCUGGAGGUGCUCAGUUACCACGCCACGGCCCCGAGGAACGAAUCACAGAGACUAAUGAAAAUGAAGAUCCCGUCAGCCCAGGCGUUUCAGCUUUACGACUUCAAGUUUGACGACUUCAGCCUGGACGACGAGGGGAGCCUGAAGGCGUGUCUGCGGAUGUUCCUAGACCUGGACCUGAUCGGGCGCUUCCACAUCGAGUACGAGGUGUUGUGUCGGUGGCUGCUCAGCGUCAAGAAGAACUACCGCAACGUGACCUACCACAACUGGCGGCACGCGUUCAAUGUGGCGCAGAUGAUGUUCGCCAUUAUCACGACGACCCAGUGGUGGAAGGUCCUCGGGGAGCUGGAGUGUCUGGCGUUGCUGGUGGCCUGCCUCUGCCAUGACCUGGACCACCGCGGCACAAACAACUCCUUCCAGAUCAAGGCGUCCUCCCCCCUGGCCCAGCUGUACACCACAUCCACCAUGGAGCACCACCACUUCGACCAGUGCGUCAUGAUUCUCAACUCCUCCGGCAACCAGAUCCUGAGCAACUGCACACCGGACGAGUACUCCAGAGUCAUCAGUGUGCUGGAGGACGCCAUUCUGGCCACGGACCUCGCAGUGUACUUCAGGAAGCGUGGCGGGUUCUUCAACAUGGUCAAGACGCAGGAUUAUGAGCUGAGCCACGAGGAGGUGCGGGAGCAGGUGCGCGGCAUGAUGAUGACCAUUUGUGACAUCGCCGCCAUCACCAAGCCCUGGCCCAUACAGAAGCAGGUGGCCGAGCUGGUGGCCGGGGAGUUCUUUGAGCAGGGCGACAUUGAGAAGGAGGAGCUGAAGAUCACCCCAAUAGACAUGAUGAACCGAGAGAAGAAAGACAAACUACCCGUCAUGCAAGUGGGUUUCAUUGACUCCAUCUGCUUGCCGGUGUACGAGGCCUUCGCGGAGAUGACCCCCGACCUUGGGCCGCUCCUGGACGGCGUGCGGCACAACCGGCAGCAGUGGCAGAAGCUGGCCGACGAGGCGGCCGCCAACAAGAACAUGCCUGGAAACAACAAUAACAACAACAACUACACCCUCAACAGUGACCGUGAGAGAGGCGGCGGGACGAACAAUUGAGUGUGUGCCGUAAUGCCAAGUGCCCUUCCCUUGCCAGCCACCGAUGCCGUGGACACAAGUAGAGGUUAAGCGAGUGGGGGAUUACAAGAGGGACGACUAGGGUGUUGUGCCGUGACUCCGUUGUUUCUGGCGGACCCAAAAAAGUGAAGUGCGGACCCGAGUGACGGACUGCCAUGGGUGGAGUGUGUGCGUGCGUGCGUGUUCAGUGUCUUGAUAACGUACAUUGUGGCCUUGCCCGCCGCUAUGACUUCUGCGUCUCUCCUGUGUUGCCCUUCCUCCGUACUUGUGUGUGAACAGUUCAAAGGCUAUUAAUAGUAUGUAUAUGUUUUGUACUUCUGACUCUAUAUAAGGUUCACCAUAUCUAUAUUGAAUCUAAUGAACUUCUGUGCUACGUAUAAGCGCGAGGAGGAGCCGUGUAUUCUUAUCACUUGGUUGUACAACAGAUUCAUCUUUCAUUUUCGGCAUAAUAAUAUUUAACGCUAGGGCACUCCUCUGCCUGAGUAGUGGAUGUUUUUAUUCAGGAAUUUCAUCAGGAAUGUGCAAUAUUCAGAGCGCGUGUACGGCUCAUUAUUUAUUGGAUAGGGACGGCCAUACGUCUUCUUGUGUUCAUUCAGAGUUCAACAAGUGGGCCAAGGGAUGUGACGGUCCCGGAUGUGAGGGGGGGGGAGGGAGGAAAGGAGGGGAGCUGUACUGACGGACCUCCACACAGUCUAUUCAUCUAAUAAAUAACUGGAUAUGUACUUCUGUCAUCUCUUGAGUUGCCUCCUUCCACCCUGACUCAGCUGCUGCCUCCUCCACCUUCAAGUGAUUCAUGCCCAUCCAGGAACACUGAACUUUAGAUGCACAAAUGUUCCCAGUCAGGGUUUUAUGACACUCACUGGUCCUUCACUACUGCCUCUUAUUGUUAUUAUUUUACACAGUCCCAGAGUUAUGAGUGUGUUCCUUUCUUUAAGACAAAUAAUGCAAGUGUUCUGUUCUUAGUUCUGUCUGUUCCUAAAUCCCAGUCAGGGCUUUAUGCCACUCACGGGUCCUUCACUACUGCCUCUUAUUGUUAUUAUUUUACACAGUCCCAGAGUUACAAGUGUGUUCCUUUCUUUAAGACAAAUGCAAGUGUUCUGUUCUUAGUUCUGUCUGUUCCUAAAUCCCAGUCAGGGCUUUAUGACACUCACGGGUCCUUCACUACUGCCUCUUAUUGUUAUUAUUUUACACAGUCCCAGAGUUAUGAGUAUGUUCCUUUCUUUAAGACAAAUGCAAAAGUUCUGUUCUCAGUUCUGUUCCUAAAUCCCAGUCAGGGCUUUAUGCCACUCACGGGUCCUUCACCUCUGCCUCAUUAUUAUUAUUUAUGCAGUCCCUGAGUUAGGAUUUCCUUUCUUGAAAACAAAUGCAAGAGUUCUGUUUAGUUCUGUUCCUUAAGUCAGAGUUCCAUACGAGUUCUGUUCCUUAAGUCAGAGUUCCAUACGAGUUCUGUUCCUUAAGUCAGAGUUCCAUACGAGUUCUGUUCCUUAAGUCAGAGUUCCAUACGAGUUCUGUUUAGUUCUGUUCCUUAAGUCAGAGUUCCAUACGAGUUCUGUUCCUUAAGUCAGAGUUCCAUACGAGUUCUGUUCCUUAAGUCAGAGUUCCAUAUGACAUCCGUAGUUGUGGCGCCAUGAAGAUAUAGCCCAAUCAAUUAAUCCUAACUUUAGAUGCAAAUUCUUAAAGUUAGACAUCAGUUGGAUUUCUCAAAGUCAAAAUGC